AGAAACUGGGCGAGGUUGUGUCGAGCAAAGGUCUAACACUUUUUUGAAUUAAAUGAAAAAUGGCAACUGCUGAGGAACAGGACCAGGUGGGGGUCGUGUUACUGGGGGGGAGAUGGGCUGGGAAGAGCUCCAGUGGGAACACCAUCCUAGGACUCCAAGAUCCAGAAGGCUUCAGUGUCAAAAAACAAACCGAUGUUUGUGUCAAAAAAGAAAGGGUCAUUCACGGCACCCUGGUCUCUGUGGUCGACACACCGAGCUGGAACUGGGUGUCUGCAGAGGACACCUCAGAAGAGGUCAAAGUUCAGCUUCGAGAAAGUGCCACUUUGACCGGAGGGGGCUCCCCUGCCUUCCUGAUAGUCUACCCCCUGGGGUCUCCUUUUGUGGGGCGUCACAAGCUGGCCGUGGAGGAACACCUGGAGCUGCUGGGGCUGGAGGUCUGGAGACACACCAUGGUGCUGUUCUCCAGGGGGGACUGGCUGAGAGGCAGAGGGACUACCAUGGAGGAACACCUUCAAGGGGCUGGGGAACAGCUACGAUGGCUCUUAGACAAAUGUGGGAACAGGUACCACGUGCUGAACAAUAUGGAGAAAGAAGAUACCGAUCAAGUGAACGAACUGCUGAGGAAAGUAAGAGAGAUGCUUGGCGUGAGAGGAAAAAGAAAACGAAAGUGGAGCAUGGAAGCUCCCCCUAACUUGACAGAGGAGGCCGGAGAGAUGGGGGAGUCAUCGGGAGAGAAGGAUGGACAGGAGGAGGUCAAAGAUUAGACUGCACCUUCACGUCUAACACCAGGUCAAGCCGAGAAACAAGAACCGCUGCCAAACAGCUGUUCGUAUUUAUCCAUCUCACACCAGCCAUUAUAAAGCAGUACAGUAAAGGACUGCCCUGUUGAGUCCAUGCCUCAGGAUUCAACUAUUUGGCGCCAUCUGGUGAUGAGACAUGAAUUGCACUAUUGUGUUGUUACAUAUUGGUCCACCAACACACUGUAGAUUGUCUGUUAUAAAGCCAGAUCUGUCAUAUCCAUGUACAGAAAAUGUCUGUAUAUGUUGUUUGUUUAGCUGGUGCCAUGAAACUUGAUCAAUAAAUUGCUAUUUUAUUACA